CACACCAGACGCGACACGUAGUACUUCCUCUGAGCAACAACGGCACAGAGGGAGGGACGGGUUGUUCGCCUGCUUCCGGAUUCUGUGCCGCGUUGCUCGUCCUUCUCCUUCAGCACUGGAGGUUACCACGAACGCAACAAUAGUGGCUGUGUCUGCUGCUUGGUUUCUGCGGCCCUGAACUACGGGCUGUAAGCGCUUCUGUAGGAGACCGACCUACUGCAGUACACACGGAGUACACCACCUUCACUUAACAGCACAGAGGAGAGCAACACGUCAGGUGGAGUCUUCUGGGUCCUCUCCGCGGCUACACCAUGAUCGGAGCGGUGGGAAUGGGACUAGCCAGGGCUUUGCCGGCGGCGGCGCGAAGAGCAGGGACCGCCGCAACCGCUGCAGCUGCCUCGCGACGGUGUCCACACCCAGCCGUUUAUGUCCUCCGGCCAGCAGCAGCAGCAGAAGGAGUCAGAGGUUCUGGCGUCCUGUUUUCGUCGAUGUCUGCUUCUAGAGCAGGAGGAGACGAGGACUCGAUGGAAGAAUCUGGGGGGGGGGGAGCGAUGUCCGGCCAGCCGCUUCCGCCGCGCACGGUGCCCGAUGACAUCCUAGGGUUCAGCUGCCGGACAUACAUGGCGGGAGACUCGGACGAGCGCUACCCUAACGCGCACGGAGUGCACCCUGCGGAGUUCAAGGUCGAGCUCAGGGUGCCGGUGCCCCUCCUGGGGCUUGCUCCGGCGGAGGAGGAGCGGCUGAUUCAGAUCGUUGGCCCUCGGUACCUGGAGAGGCAGCAGGUGUUGAGGCUCGUGUCGGAUCGGUUCCCCAACCGCAUCGAUAAUAAGCGCUACCUGGUGCACUUGCUUGAGAACAUCCUCGUUGAGGCUCGCAACGUGGACGACGAGGAGGCCUGACCUGGCAUGCUGGGUGUGGAAGUGGGGUUAACGCAGCAAGCGCGUAUUAACUGGAGGGGGGGAUAUAUACAGUUGUACACUUGAGGAGGCGAGGCACUCUCGAUGCCACCCGAAAUCCUCAACUGCGUGUGGGCUAAGUGAUUCCCGAAAUAGGCUUGCUUGUUUUGCCGGGCAGACGGGGGAUGAAGGCCGGAGGGGAGCACGCACUUAAACUUCUCCGUGAUUUUUAGUUCGCUUUGACCCGUUUGCGAAGCGAGUGAAGCUUGUGUUUGUGUCUGGCACAUAGCCUAAGCUUGGUCGGUCACAGAUUUUGGAGCAGAGAGCGUUCUGGCCUCUUUUCUGUCUCAUGGAAAGUUCAUUUUUUCACGGAGGGAAGAAGACCGUUGAGUUCGUUGAGUUAAUAGCGCGGAGAUGUGUUUGGUUGGAGCUUGUUUUCCUUGUGCGACGGCAGCAGCGACAUGUUCUGGUGUCAACCAUUGGCAGGAGAUGCUUUUCCUGCAGCGUCUCGCGAUGGUUUUUUGUCUCAUUCGACCCGCCGGCUCAAUGUACUGCUGCUGUAAGGUUUGGAUGAACAAGGCGGCGUUCGUUUUUCUCGCGGGUGGGACCUUUCGUUUGAUCGGUGAGGAGUUUCAAUGCCUCGAUGAUUCAUUUCGUUUUUGUUGGAAACGGUUUUUCAUUUUUCCCGGAAAGGCGUUUCGUUUUUCUCGAAAAGGCGUUUCGUUUUCACGGCGGAGAGAUAUGCUGUUUACUGUGAUUUUUUAACGGUUGAACGCAGUACUACUCCUUAUUUCCUCACAAAGCGGUGCAAAAUGGUCGAUUGCCCGUCCAGAGAAAACCGAAAAACUUGCAAAAAAAUUGGCGGAUUUUGUUUGGCGCGGUGACUUCCAAACAACCACGAGUCGGAACCAGUGAAUAUUAGCUUUCUCGUGAUGGCGGUGGCAUCAAAUUGCGUAGAUUGCUGCGGGU